UAACCGCUGUAGGAUAUAUAUAUAUAUGUAGAUGUAUCUUGGCAAACACGGAUAUGAAGUUCGAUCUGAGUUGAAUAGUGUAUAGGCAGAUGAGAUAGGAGGUAGGAGGGUUUCCCGAAAUCAAAGAAGAUGAACAGUAGCUGUAAGAAAACGGUUGUGAGAAAUAUAAACUCUUUUGCUCCGUUUGGUCCUGGGGAUUUGGCUACACUACACAGCACUUAUAUGCACAUCACCGACGGCCAACUUCUUCACCAGAUCCCAGAUGUUUUCAAAACUAGCCCAUGUGCGUCGUCGUCGUCGUCCUUUUUUUUCGUUCGACGUGGCCUUAGAGUGGGCUCUCGCGGUGCACAGAAGCUUUCGCACGGUGUUUGGGGUGGCGGGCUCUCAUAGCAAGACAUGUUUCUGGAGAAACGAGCCACCAAGAAAUCCUGCCACAAAGAGCACGCCUCUGCCGACGGUGAAGGCGUUAAUCUCAGUAAACAUGGUG